GGGGUCAGCCCACAAGAUGGCGGCGGCAGUGACCUUCUGCCGGCUGCUGGGCCGGAGCGGCACGGCGGCGCUGAACCUGCCCCGGGGCGCCAGGUGUUUGGCGGUGCGGACGUCGCCGACCGGGGAGAAGAUUACGCACACCGGGCAGGUCUAUGAUGAUAAAGACUAUAGGAAAAUUCGGUUUGUGGGUCGUCAGAAAGAGGUGAAUGAAAACUUUGCCAUUGAUUUGAUAGCUGAGCAGCCCGUGAGUGAAGUUGGAGAUCGUGUGAUCGCGUGUGACGGCGGCGGGGGGGCUCUUGGCCACCCGAAAGUGUACAUAAACCUGGUACUGUGUCACCUGUCCUUGCUGCCCUAGUCUAAGCUGUCCCGUUCCGUGUGGCCCUUGCAGUGCUGGUUCUGACCUUCCCUACAGACCGCGCAGACAAGGAAACAAAGACGGGGACGUGUGGCUACUGUGGACUGCAGUUCAGACAUCAUCAUCACUAGCAUGACGUGCGUCGUGGUCCCGGGGGCCAUGCGUACGGGCCGCUCGGCAUGAACAUACAACAGAGCCUCUUGCUGGGGCCGAAUAAACGG